AUGAGUUGGAGAAAGGAGUGCCUAGAUGUUAUACUGGUUCCUAUUGGACUAUUAAUCAUGUCUGGUUACCAUCUUUUCCUGUUGUACAGAUGCCUAAAGUUCCCUCAAACUACAGUAAUUGGAUAUGAAAACCAUUGCAGGAAAGUGUGGGUUGAGCGAAUGCUGCAGAUUGAGGCAAAGGAAAGAGGAAUGUCCUUGACAGUGAUCUCCACCACAUUAUCAGCAGCAACUUUCCUGGCAUCAACCUCCUUGGCUCUGAGCUCUCUUAUUGGAGCAUGGAUUGGAAGCUCCUCACAUAGUGUUUUCACGGCCGAUUUCAUUUAUGGGGAUACGAGUCCUUCCAUGAUUUCCGUCAAGUACAUAAGCCUCCUCAGUUGCUUUCUAGUGGCUUUCGGGUCCUUUCUACAAUGUGUGAGGAGUUCAGUCCACGCCAUUUUCCUCAUGAGCAUGCCAAACAGUGAUAUUCCAGUGGCCUAUGUUCAGAAGGCAGUCAUAACAGCGAGUAUUUUCUGGUCAGUCGGUUUACGGGCGAUCUACUUUGCUAUCAAUCUGCUGCUAUGGAUUUUUGGUCCAAUACCGAUGCUCAUAUGCUCGGUCACUAUGGUGGUGGUUUUGCACAAUCUUGAUACAAAUUCAACCGCUUUGCACAACUUUCAGCCUAAAAAGGAUCUUAACCUCCUUAGCAAAAUGGGCCACGGUGUAUCUGACAUCAUGAGAGGAGUUGAACAUCCCGAGAAUGUACAAGGAGCAAAAGGCACAGGUUCUGCUUCAACCGGUUAA